UCUCAUCAAAUAAUUUUGUAUAUGCUUCUAAUUGCUUUCUGUAUUGAGAAUUAAGAGAGAAUAAGAUUUCUUGUUUUCUCAUUUUGGCUAGGAAAUAAAAGGUAAUUUAUUAUUAUAAAAAAUUACCCAAAUAUUCCUAUAAAUGUAAGAAGGAAUGAUGAUUAAGCCUACACCAAAUAAUCAGACUACACUAAAAAAUAUAUCAUUUCCUUAUUAUAAACCAGAAAAUAAAUGAAAUACUUGCAAGAGUCGAAUUACAAUUUUGAUUAUAAAUGAU